AUGAUGCUAAUUGCCGAAGAAGCUGAAGAAGCCGAAAAUGCUAAGAACGGAGGAAAUGAACCAAUUGAUAUAAGUGUUUAUAACGAAUUAUUUUCAUUUGCAGCUAGCGAUAAUGACAUUUUAAAAAAAGAAAGUUUAAAAAUAAUUUUAGGAUUAUUAGAUGAAACUGAUUUAAUAGCAUAUAUUUUACAAAAUAGCAAAAAAUGUUUUAAGAUAAUUACUUCGGGUUUGAAUUCACAAUGUAAGAUGGUGGCUCUUGAAUGUUUGCUCAAUCUGUCUGCACAAAUUCCAACAGAAUUAAUAGAACGAAAUAUAGUCGAAAUUUUAUUUGAUAUGAUAAAGGAAGAAGAAAAAAAUGAAGAAAAUUAUAUUGACAUGUACAUUAUGAUUAUUUCUAACAUAACUCGAUGUAAAGAAGGAAUAUAUAAAAUUUUAGAUAUAAGUGAUGAAGGUCAAAUAUAUCAUAACACAUUUUCAGUGAGCUAUUAUUUAAAUAAGCUAUUAUUUUUUUAUUUUCAACCUAUAACACCAUCGAUAAAUAAAAAUAUGAGUGAUAAAUAUAUGCACAUUUCUCAUAUAUUAAUAAAUAUAAGCUCAAUAAAAGAAAGUAUGCCAUUUUUUAAAAAUGUUGCUUUUUUAAAUAAGUUGAGUGAGCAAAUAUUAAUUUUAGAAAGGUGUAGAACAUUUUUACCAUUUAUAAUGAAUUUAUCUUUGCAUAAAGAUAUUCAUGAUUUUAUUUUCCAAUCUGAUUGUAAUAUGUUUCCUUAUCUCUUAUCAUAUGUAUAUUCACAUGAUACCCCUAUUAAUGAAGAAAAUAUCUUAAAUGGAGUUAUAAAACCAGAUAAAAGUAUACACAAGCUUAUUCUCAAAAAAUCAACAUCACUAGUUCAAUGUUCAAUUAUAAAAAACAGAAUUCUUGUUAUUCUUUUACACCUUAGUAAAAAUAAUGAUACUAGGGAAAAAAUCAAAAAGUUUGGAGUAAUUCCCUUAUUGAAUAAUUGGAAAGCAAACGAAAAAUCCACAGAUAUAAUCUCUGAAAUAAAAUCCAUUUUAAAUAAACUCGAGGGCGCCGAUGAUGAAACACUCGAACCUUAA